AUGCAGAUGUACAAGGAAGACUACUACUCCACGGAAGAGGAAUUCCUCUACAAAGACGAAUACAGCUACAGCAACGGCUCCAUGCACAUGAUGAAGCCUCCUGUUGAGCAUUGCGUGCCAAAGAUCGACUACAAUAAUUCCUACACCAGUGGCAACCACCUUGAGAAGAAGGGCCACAUGGCGGUGUCGUCAGAGAUGAAGCAUGAAGGCUGGGGCGGCGCCAAGAGUGAGCAUUAUGGCCAAGGUGGCAAGAUGCACCACGAAGGUCACAAGGAGGGGAUGGGGAUGAAGCAACAUGGUGGUGGUCAGGGGCAUUAUGGUCAUCACGGAGAAGGGGUGGAGCAUGGUGGUGGAUACGGGGGCAAUCAUGGGCACUUUGGUAUUCACAAGGAGGAGAAGCACGGUGGUGGUUAUGGGGGUCAUCAGGGGUAUUUUGGUCCUGAAAAGGAGGGGAUGGGGAUGAAGCAAUAUGGUGGUGGUGGUGGUGGUGGUGGUGGUGGUGGUUAUGGUUAUGGAGGUCAUUAUGGUCAGCACGAAGAGGGGAUGAAGUAUGGCGGUGGGUACGAGGCCAACCAAGUGCACUUUGGACUUCACAAGGAGGAGAAGCAUGGUGGUGGUUAUGGUUAUGGGGGUCAUCAGGGGUAUUUUGGUCAUCAAGGAGGAGGGAUGAAGCAUGGUGGAUAUGGGGCCCACCAGGGGCAAUAUUGUCCACCAAAUCAGAAGUUUUCAGUCUGGGAGUUCAAGAGCAUUGUAGACUGA